ACGUGACGCAAUGCCAACAUAAGAAUGUGUCACAUUCAAAAGAGCUGGGAAAAUGGGUCCUACGUGCCAAGAUAUUUGACUUAGAGAGUAUAACUCUGGCACAGUGCAGCAAGUCUUUGCGCGCAGUUCGAAUCUUACCACUCACUGAACUUCAAAACUUUCUUAUGAUGAAAACGAGUUGACAGGCCAUGCUCAACCCCAUCAAUUCCCUGGCUCUCGCUCCUGUUUUCCUCAAGAUUCUUACACUCAAACAAAGGCUGGGUUAAAAACAACACCAUUUGUGUUAUUUGGUAACUCAGCACAAGGGACAUUAAGAUGGCGUCAUCAUCAUUAUCAUCUGACGGGGCCAUGCUGGUCUGUCGGAGUGUAGAGGAGCUGAAGCGCAGGGCCCAGGGCCCGGUGAGGAGGAACCUGUUUGGGCCUGUGGACCACGAGCAGCUGCAACAGGAUUUCCAGAGGCACCUGGGUAUGAGCGUGGAGUCGGCCAACAAGCGCUGGGACUUUGACUUCAACACCGGCCAGCCGGCCGCCAAGGGCGCCAGCGUGGAGUGGGAGGAGAUGAAAUGCCAGGAUGUGCCGGCGUUCUACCACAGCUGUGUGUUGAGGAAGCCGGUGAUUGGCAUCGACGGGCAUAGGGCGGGGAGAGAGAAUGUCAGGUUGGCGCGGGCAUCGUCUCCAGGGUUGUCCAGCUGUGGUGAGGAGUACCUGGAGGUGACCACCAGGGAGAGCUAUACGAUCCAGAGGCCAGAGAAGAAGAUGGCCAGCCAGAGGGCAGGAGCAGUCAAACGGAGACAAGCCGCCAUAACAGAAUUCUUUGUCGUGAAGAAGAGGACGACCAUGCAUCACAAACAGUCCUCUCGGCAGGUAAACACAGCCCAGGAAAGAGUGCAAUUCAGUGGGCAUGCUCCGUUUGGAAAUCACCUCAUUAAGAUGGAUAUAUAAUUUCUGCAACGUUCUGUAGCGACUCUGACGGUCGAAGAGCUCAUAGCUACAAUAUGUCUUAAAGGAAGUGGAAAUGAUGGAUGUUUGUAUAUAUAUUUAUAUAGCUGUAUUUCAUCUAUAUUUUCUAAGCUUGUAUUAUUGUCUAAGCUUUAGAUUAUACUGUGAAAUAAUUCAAAUGCACUCAUCAGGAAAAAAAACACAAUGGCUCUGUUGUAAGAGAUUUCUUCCAACAGUACCCUUGGUGUAGUAUUUAACUCCCAACAACUUCGGCCCACACUCUAACUACCUCUCUAAGAGUAGUUAAACUAUUCCUGACCUCACUCCACGUGUCGUCUUCAGUUUCACCACGGCUGUAAAAGUAUCAGCCACACGAGUUAGAGGCCCCGGGGUCACCUCAGGUCAAAUUGGCAACGUGACCAUGAUUAGCCUAGGGUGCAAAGGUCAACUGUGAAGUUCCAGCACUUAGGCUAUCAGGCAUCGGUAUGAUAAUGAUACAUCUUAUUGAGCAGUAGUACUUCUCAGUAAAUGUCUAUUAUUACGGUAAUUGUUUUAUUCUUAAGCCUUUUGGUGUGAGUAUUAUUACAGAGUGAUAUUUGGUGUCAGUAGGAAACAAGCUUAAAUUAGCUUAAAUUCAUUCUCAAAUAUUGUUAUUAUGGCUAGCAUACACUUCACCGUUGGCACCACCGUCUCUGUACAAUUUGGUAAAAAUCUCAGUGCACAACUGAAUAAAAUAAAUUGUUUUUAUUUUAUUUAGCUCCCUUUGUCUUUUUACGGUUGUAAAACAUAUUCUUGGAAACUUUUUGGUAACAAAACUGAAUAUACCUUGUAUGUUUGCUUUGUUGGCUAAAUCCUUUUAACAACGUUGCCUUUUCUACUCUUGUCUUUGUAUAAUGGCAGCCUCUAGGUUUUGAACUCUUUCCUGUAUGAAGGAAUGUAGCUUUGACAUUGUUUGGAAUUGAAGUUGAAUGGUGUUGCAGUUCACAAAAGUACAUGAAUCCUUAAUGCUUACGGAACAUUCCAGGUUCUGUCAGUAAAUGAAUAUUUUUUUUUACGAGGAGCUGAGCUGCAACACAUUUCCAUUCCUGUGCUAAAAUACAAGACAGUUGUGACAACUGAGGCAGUUGACCAAAAAAAGAAAAAACAUAUUAUAUGUGAGUCAUCUGUAAGCGUUGGCUUGAGUUACGGGACAUAGAAAUCCACAUGCCUUAAGCAUCUCCAAAUCCAUCUCAGAUAUACCUGUGAUUAAUAUGCAGUAUCACAGAUUCUGUCUGUUGGCAUUGCAUUCCAGACGUUAUGCCGUUCAUUCUCCAUAGCCAGAGUCACAUCGCAAUACUGUAAAUAAUAGUGGCAAAAAUAGCAGUCCUACAGGGAGUGCCUUUCCCUAAAUGUGUCAUGUUCGAACAAAUUGACAUCAUCUGGAUUACCUACCUCAUUGAGUGAUUGACAAAAAUAAUAGAAAAAAAGAUAUACAACAUUUUUUUUAAAAAGUCAAAUAAUUCCAAAAUAUUUGUUGGAAACUACAGGAGAUUUGUUAUUGCUGUUCAUAGCUGGUUCAGUGGGAUAGCGGGUUCAGACCAUAGGCUUUAGUUACACAUCAGGUAAAAGGGUCAGUGUGUCAGAGUGAUAGGACCCAUUCCAGCUCAAAGCAGGACGGAGGAAACUCAAGUCCUCUGGGAGUCCUUUGUUAUUUUUAUUUAUUUAUUUUAUUUAACCUUUAUUUAACCAGGAAGGGCUCAUUGAGAUUAAAAUCUAUUUUUCCAAGAGCACCCUGGCCAAGAUAGGCAGCACCAAGUCAUUUAAAAAAAAAAAAGACAGACAGACGACAUGAAAAACUACAAGUAAUCUAGUAGAAACCAUUGAAUUCACAAGAGUAUAAAACAGCAAAUUAACUGGGACUUUAUUAAUAGACCGCAACAGAAUGAUGUCCGAGACCCUGAAUCAAAGUGGUUCUAUAGCCAGACGAGUGGCCUGUGUUCUAGAGUGCUUUUGUCUGGAUCUAAAGAGGUUCUUAUAACACCGCCCUCUUGACUUGCCAACGUAGAGAGUCAUGUCAACAGAAUGAUGUGAUUUCUGUUUACCCACCUCACCAAUGGAAUCGAUUAUCCCUUUUUUAUUUAAUCAUAUUUGAUGGUGUUUUUUGUGUGUGUGUUCGGACUUGAGUCUGUGUGUACGUUGGUUUAUAUGCGCCUGUCUUUCAAUGUGUUCAAAAUAAAACUUUCAAAGUCUGUUAACUUAUUUUUAACGAUGUAUCUAGUUUUUGUAGGGAAAUAAUUCUAAAUGCCCUUUUGGUAAAACUAACGGAUUAUGUGUAUUGCACUAAAACAUUGACAAGAUAUUUCUGAUUUUAUAGCGCUACUCUCAUGGAAGGGGAAGUGUUUAGAAAAACUAAACCGUCACUGCUGAACUGGGACACCGACUAUGGGCUCAUCAUAGUUUGGGUCGGACACAAAAUGAAAAAUAGAUAUUAGGUGCUUUCUUGGUAUUACAACAGUGUUAAAACAAGGCAAUACUCAGCCCUAAUAUUACUGACUGUACUGGUUUCCCCAGAAUUCCCUUUGCAAGUGAACUGUGAUAAGUUAAUGAUCAUAGAUCUGCAUACAGCUACUGGGCUGCUCCAUCCUGCACCCCCCUGCCCAGUGUGUCCCACAGUGGCAAGAUAAACUUUGCUCUAAAUCGAAUUCACCUGUCUAUCGCAGGUAUAUCAAAACAUAGUAUUGCAUGCCUUAUAUGCAUAAAUGAAUAAUAUCCUCAUAUAUGUUUUUGAUAAGAUAAUGGCUAAUGUAUUGAAAGUGUACUACAAUGUAAUUACAUGGGAGCAGAAUAUUAACUUUGAUUUGGUAAUAGUUUGAAAAUAAAACGACAAAUGUUGAAAUUGUGGACAUAUUUGUGGAAGAUUCAUUGACCGGUUUUUGGUGCACUGUUGACUUUGAUGUUAAUUUGUUACAGUAUGUUUCCGAUCAUUAUUAAAUGAUAUAAAUAUA